CACCGACCCUUCCUUCUCUGCAUCCGGGUCCUUGCGUUUCCCGCUCCGGGCGCCGGCCGGGGUGGCUCGCGGGUUCCUCAAGGUUGGAGCGUCUUGUCCUGGGAGCUGUGCAUCUCCAUCAUGAGGCUAGUCAUUCUUGAAAACUAUGACCUGGCUAGUGAAUGGGCAGCCAAAUACAUCUGUAAUCGCAUCAUUCAGUUCAAACCUGGGCAGGACAGAUACUUUACACUGGGCUUACCAACAGGGAGUACACCUCUAGGAUGCUAUAAAAAGCUAAUAGAAUAUCACAAGAAUGGAGAUCUUUCUUUUAAAUAUGUGAAGACCUUUAACAUGGAUGAAUAUGUAGGACUUCCAAGGAAUCAUCCUGAAAGCUACCAUUCGUAUAUGUGGAAUAACUUUUUUAAGCAUAUUGAUAUUGAUCCUAACAAUGCUCACAUCCUUGAUGGGAAUGCUGCAGACUUACAAGCAGAAUGUGAUGCGUUUGAAAAGAAAAUCAAAGAAGCUGGAGGAAUAGAUCUUUUCGUUGGAGGAAUUGGUCCAGAUGGUCAUAUCGCUUUCAAUGAGCCAGGAUCCAGUUUAGUUUCAAGGACAAGAUUAAAGACUCUAGCAAUGGACACAAUCUUGGCAAAUGCUAAAUAUUUUGAUGGCGAUUUAUCGAAAGUGCCAACUAUGGCACUAACCGUUGGUGUGGGGACAGUGAUGGAUGCUAGAGAAGUAAUGAUCCUUAUAACAGGUGCUCACAAGGCAUUUGCUCUGUACAAGGCAAUAGAAGAAGGAGUGAAUCACAUGUGGACUGUGUCGGCUUUCCAGCAGCAUCCCCAAACAAUCUUUGUAUGUGAUGAAGAUGCUACCUUAGAAUUAAGAGUUAAAACUGUGAAAUACUUUAAAGGUUUAAUGCAUGUGCACAAUAAACUUGUGGAUCCACUAUACAGUAUGAAAGAAGGACAUUGAAGGAGAUUGGAGCAAUUCUGCUUGAAGGAAAACAACACUUUAAGUAGUAGAUGAAUUCUCAGCUAUGCAAUAUGAUAAAGUGUGGGGAAUUCUGAAAAUGCGAUUUUGAAAAAGUCUGGUAUCUAUGUUAAACAUUCCAUGCUUAGUAUUAGUGUCUAUUUUACACUAGAGUUUAGGAGUAGUUGCUUAUAAAACUGGUAAUUAUGAAGUACAGAAGCCACACAGUAACCUAUGAAGUAGCAUACGGACGAACUGUCUGCUUGCUUAAAGUCAUUGUGAAGAUUGGCACAAAAGGUGCAAAUUGUGACAGCACUCUGGUGGCAAUCACAGAUCUUUAAUUAUAAGAUUACACUCCAAGAUUUUCAGGUUUCAACCCCGCCACAGACCUUUCCUUUGGAAAUGCCGCCCUGUGCGUUCUCAACCUGCUCUCCUGCACGUGGUUGCCUUAGACAUCUCACAGUAGCACUUGGAUGUCAAAAACCCCGCUGUUAUUAGAAAGGACUGAAGAGAUGACAGUGCCUAAAAGGAGCGUUUACAUCCUUUUUGAACAUACGUGUAAGUGCAUGUUUCUGUGCACCCUCUUGUAUAGCACUUUUAUAUAAAUAUGCUGUUAUUUUUAUUAAAUGGCUUGGGUUCAUGCCCUUAAUAUAAUCAUCUUUGCAGUUAAGAGCUUUAUACCUAAGUAGCAACACACUUAAGGAAACACUUUGUUUUCUGAUUAUUGUUACACUUAGUAGCUUUAUUACAUAAGAUAUCUGAAAUACAAAAUAUAAGAUUGUUAACUAUUUUAGAUUGCCAUAAGUUGCAUAAAGUUCAAAUAAAAGUAUAUUGUUUUCUAUCUUUAUCUCAAAUAAAGCUUAUAAUAAACAAACAAGUUAUCUAAAUUUUA